CGCUGUUCUCUCUCUAUCUCUCUCUCUCUCUCUCGUUCCACUCUCGUAGUCUGAGUCAGGCAGUGUGUCUUGUCUGGCUCAGUUGUGGCGUGGACAGCGAGUCGUGUGGACGGUAGUGAUUGGGUUGUCUCAGUGGUUCCAGGGAGCGAGACGCAUCGCCCCGCGAUAACAUUUCUCCAAACUUUUUCAGAGAUCUUGCGUUUGAGUUUAUUCUAUUUCUGGAUUCGAGGAGGAAGUGCGUUGUCGUUCCGACUGGCAUUUUCCCUCUUGCAAUAACUUGUCCUGUCGAACGUGACAUUAACAUUUCCAUUUCGACAGCGUAAUUGUGUUUUUUUUUUUUUUUUUUUUUUUCUUUUACUGCAUUUACAAACUUUUCUCUUGUGGUUGAACUUUGCGUUUUGGAGCAGCGAUUAUUAUUGCUGUUGAGCGAGACACAAUUAUCCUCUCUUUUCAAAUUAAGGUGGCCAAACAAGCAAACAGUGAACCACUCCAGCAGCAGAAGUAGUGACGAUGGAGUCCCCGAGGUUCAGCCUUGCGCUUGACUGCUAAACGGCCUUGGGAUCUCUUGGGAGUCUUCUUCUAAUAGAGACACUUCUGAUCCCGAAAGGAGCUCCUUGAAGGACGCGCGCUCCUUAAGAAGGAAAGGUGCGCGUGAAACAUCUGCCUCUGCAGGGGGAUAGACACAUCCUAACUCCUCCUCCUUCGUCAUUCAGCCUCUCCUCAGAAAUUCGGAAAUCUUUGUUGUGUUAUUCAUUUGCUUUUACGAAACUGUCUUCAUAGAUCUCAUUUACUCAAGAGAAGAAUUGUUCUUUGAUAGGUGAAACACUCCUGUGAUUUUGAAACCCGCCAGGCAAUAAGCAAGGAACGCCCUUCAGCUGCCUAGUGAGGGCAGUGGUUAAGCCGUGGAGUGGCACUGUUUAUUUUCUUAGGAAGCACCUGUGAGGCCUUAUUGUGCUCAAGAAAGAAGAGCGAAUUGAGGAAGGAGGCGGUGGUGGAGAAGUGGUGUGGAUAACAGACAAAUUGACACCCAGCUGACGAAGUGACAAGUAAUAACAUAAUCGUGUUGCCAUUUCCUCUUCAGGAACAAAGGGCUGAAGUCAGUCUCUCUCUCUCUCUCUCUUAUAAACAGAACCCUGAAACAUCUUAUCUAGCUCCAAGGGGGACCAAUAACUGGAGCAUCUCGAGCGAAACGAGGAUUGGAAAAAGGGGGAGAUUUUUAAACGGUGGAUAACUAUAGUGUGCGGAUUGCGGACGUCUUUGUUUUUUUACCUGUGCGAGUGCCUCUCUCCCCGUGACUCGGCGAGUCGUGCCUUUUGACUCACCGUUGCUAUGUGAUUCGGCUUUCUCUCUCUCUCUCUCUUUCUCUCUCUCUCUCUCUCACGGGCCCUUGAGGAAGACACUCAGCAAUGGCCGGGAUGAGGAACCUGAGUCCCCUUGUGAGGUUCGCCUUCGUCGUUGCUCUGAUACCCCUGGCCUGGGGAGCUGAAGUUCAGGACGAAGAAUCUUAUGAUGAAUUCUCUACUUACGCGGAGGAAACUGAGGAACAGGAGGGCUGGUCCGAAUGGUCGGAGUGGUCACGCUGCUCCCGGACCUGUGACGGCGGCGCGGCUGUGCAGUCUAGACGCUGCCUCCACUACGCCGGAUGCCGAGGAGACUCUGUGAGGUACAAGCUCUGCAACCUGGAUCCCUGCGGGGCUGGCAGCAAAGACUUCCGUGCAGUGCAGUGUUCCGAAUACGACGGCCUUCCCCACGAAGGCAACCUUUACGAGUGGGAGCCUGCCGAGGGUGAAGAUCCCUGCGCCCUCACUUGUCGGGCCCAAGGGGGAGGACCUGUGGUGACCCUGAACCCCAGGGUCAGAGAUGGCACUCGAUGCAAGCCAGGGGAGCUGGACCUCUGCAUCAACGGACGUUGUCAGACAGUCGGCUGUGACCUGAGGUUAGGGUCACGGAAGAGGGUGGACGCAUGCGGCGUCUGCGGUGGAGACGGAAGUACAUGCAACAAACCGACUUAUUAUUGGGAUAAGCGGGCCAAUGGACCCUGCUCGGCUACCUGUGGAGGAGGGUACCAGAUGCUCUCCGCAGUGUGUGUUCAGCAAGGCAAUGGACGCCGGGUGUCAGACGACCUUUGCGACCACACAGCUAGACCCAUACCUGUCAUCCUCAACUGCAACGAUCAGGCCUGUCCCACAAGCUGGAAAGUGGGGGAGUGGGGCGCUUGUUCCGUGUCCUGUGGCUCCGGCUACCAGCUUCGGGAGGUCUACUGCGAGGAGCCACGCAACACGAGCGCCGUUCGCGUCGCCGACCACAACUGCGACCCUCCGAUGCCCCGCCAUCGGCAGCCCUGCAACCUGCACGACUGCCCCAGGUGGUACGACGGCAUCUGGUCUCAGUGUUCAGCCACCUGCGGCGAGGGCAUCCAGACCAGGGUCGUCUUGUGCCGUGAUGCACAGGGUCGCUCCUCCCGUUUUUGCGACGACAGCCUGCGACCAGCGGACAGCAGAAUGUGUCGCACUGGGGUCGCCUGCCCGCCUCCGUCGACCCUGGCACACCCCAGACAUCAGCCCUAUACUCCAUCCUGGUGGGGAGAUGAACACGAUGCUUUGGCCAGUGAAGAAGGCAUCGCUCCCUUGAUGCCUCGUCCACAGGCACUUACGGCUGACCAGCAGGUGCCAGCGGAACCUACGUACAUGACUGGAAACUGGAGCGAGUGUAGCGUGAAAUGCGGGGAGGGCGUCAGGAAUCGCAGUGUCACCUGCAAGAUAUUCCUGGAGUUCUCCCGCACUGUGGCGGUGCUUCCUGACGACCAGUGUCCCGGCGUGAAGCCGCCUCAGUCCCAGAGAUGUGUUCUCCCACCUUGCUCUCACGCCAUGACCAGACAUGACUAUCCUGCUGGAGAAGUAAGUGAUGCAGCUCAUGAUCCUCCAAUCGCAAGCUUGGAAGAUGCGCAAGAGGACCUUGACUUCCCCGAUGACAGGAAGAUACACGAAACGCCCUUCUUACCGAGACUCGUGGAUGAGGACGCCCCAUCAAGUGUAGUUGACAUCAAAGAAACCAGCCUAUCGGUGCCACAGGCAGAAGCAUACAACGAACCCCGACCUGGCCUUCACUCUUUUGAAGCCCCAAGCCACUCACACCACCAAAAGGAUCCUUUGCUCCUCUACACCGACGAGACCAAGGGGCGCUCACAGUACGAGAGCUACGAACUCUCCCGCGGAAAGUCCCACUCGCCGUCGGAACAUUCUCAGAUUAACUCCAUCGAAAUUGACAUGGGAGGUGGGGAUGGAAAUUUCCUGGAAACCUACAGCGUAGACGUCUCUAGUAAAGCCAGUCUCUACGAGUGGAUGACGUCUGGUUUUGGCCCUUGCAGUGCUUCCUGUCUUGGGGGUGUGCAAGAAUCGCUUGUGAAGUGCAUCAGAAUCGCUGAUCAAAAGAUUGUCGAGCCUCAGAAGUGCAAUAUGGAAGAGAGGCCGGAUAUCAUCACGCGCACUUGUAACGACCAGCCUUGUCCACCUCGAUGGAAUGUUUCUGAGUUUGGAGAAUGCAGUAAGCCAUGUGGAGGAGGAGUCCAGAUGCGAGAAGUGAAGUGUAUCCAUGAAGUCACUCGUGGUGGAACCAAUACGGUAGUUGUACCAGACAGCCUGUGUCCACAACCUCCAAAACGCACUCAGCAGUAUUGUAACAUCCUAGACUGUCCUCCAGAAUGGGUUUCUUCUGACUGGUCCAAGUGUUCGGCCCCAUGUGGAGGUGGAAUGAAGACACGCGCAGUAAAAUGUCAGCAAGUAAUGGCCCUUGGACAGUUAGAGGAGCGGCCAAGCAGGGAAUGCCCUUUCAGACGUCCAAGAGACAGAAGGAAGUGUAAUCAAAGGCCGUGUCAGGGUGGUGUUGCAGGACCCGAGAAGUCGGUUAUCAGGUCGCAAACUCAUCAAGAUUAUGUUCAAAGUAAAUUCAUGAAGAAACUCACUCUGAAGAUUGGGGGCAAAGCCACCGUCUUCCGAGGAAUGAGGUUGAAAGUUAAGUGUCCUGUACGUCGAUUUGACCGCUCGAAGAUUACUUGGUGGCACGAUGGACGACAAAUUAGCAGAACUGGUGCCAUUAAGACCACUCAGAAAGGUGUCUUAAAAAUAAGGAAAGUUCAGUAUCCAGAUUCAGGAGUGUAUAAAUGCAAAGCUGACAGGUCAGAAGCUAAUUUGACUUUGGUAGUCAUACCACUACCCUCAAGCUAUUCUUCUUCAGAGACCCAUGAAACUCGAAGGCCAUCCAGUAGUUCAGCUAAUGAAGUUAGUCUUCACACACAUGAAGACACAGCUAACACAGAUUUCACUUAUGGUUGGAAUCCCAGGAAGUCUGGCAAGGAAUUGGGCCGUGAAGGUCGUCGCAGACAAGGCGGUCGGAACGGUGCAAGGAGGAGAAAUGGCUUUAAAGGUCUGCAAAUAACAGAAACAACUCUGAGGCCUGUUCAACCAUUCCCUAUGGGCCCAAGUUCUGAUACACUGGGAGAAGGACCUUUUAAGGCUUCCAGUAAAAAUAUGCAUACUGUGGAAAUGACCAGCGGUGAAGCAACUAAUGUAUAUGAGACCACUGAUUGGCACACAGACUCUAGGAAAACUGAUGACGAGUAUGUCUAUGGUACUGUGACGCAUCAUAUGAAGCCUAAUGUUGAGAAUGAACACACCCUCCCUGGACUGCAUACCGAUCAUGAGACUACCCAUAGCAAUGCUAAUCAGCUGUCAGAAGAAAAGACAGUAGUAUCAGAAGAAACUGGUCACUUAUAUGGGAAAAUCAAUCACCACAGUGAUGGAAGUCGUAUCACCAGUGAAGAAAAUCCAAUAUUUGGCACAAUUUAUCACAGCCCAUUACCAGGCACAGCAGGUAGAGGGUAUUCUCCUCCAAGAAGGACUGAAUGGCCAAGCCUUCCAACUUCAACGGAGUACCAUUCCACUGGCACAAAAUCAGGUUAUGAAGAGGAGACUGGUAACUCAAUUGAGGGGGAUCUUAAAGACCUAGGAAACAAGCUGAGCCUCUCAUCCGAGCAUGGUAGCCACGUAGAUGAGCACCGUCACCCUUCGUUUUCUUGGUCGGGGCAGCACUUGGGGUCUUGGUCAGGACAUUCUUCUAGGUCCAGAUCAGGCCAAAGCGAUAACCACAUGUCAGGUCAUAGUAAAGACCUUUGGUCAGGUACUGAAGGCACUCCUCCCUUGUGGGACUCCAGUUUUGCUACCGUCUCUAACAAUCCCCCCACUUGGCACUCUUGGGCAAACACCCAGGACCAGCACCUUCACAACCAACAGCCGUAUGAACCCCCUGGUACCCCUUACUGGCACGCUGAGGCCCCCCCUUCCCCGCCCCCCGCACCUCCCAUCACCAGCUCCGGGAGUUCCCGCUCCGUGCCCUACUUCCAGAAGCUCCUAUCCAACCUGGAGAGCUUUUUGCCGGCUUCCUUGCAGAGAUCUAGGGGUGGGCGUCACGCGAGUUCACCUUCAGAUGCCUUUGGUGGCCUUGUUUCACAUGGCCUUGUACGGGAUGAGACGACUACAGAGGAUCCCUUUGGCACUCCAGAGAAUUUAGGCAAAGGAACACGUGAUUCACUAGAAUUUGAAUGGCAAAUGACAAAUUGGUCUGAAUGUUCACAGACGUGUGGUUUCACCAGCACUUCCAGUGGCUUUCAGGUUCGCUCUAUCCAGUGUCUCGUGCGAGUAAAUAAUGUAAGUCGACCUGUUGAUGGUGCAUUGUGCCAGGAUGCUGGAUUAGAGGCACCAGUUACAAUGCAAAAAUGUGGACUUACAGAAUGCCCUCAGUGGCACUUUGAUGAGUGGUCCGAGUGCGAGUCGUCUAGAUGUUACACUCUAAAUAAAGCUUUCCAGCGACGAAAUGUUGUAUGCCAGCUGCACAAUGGAACCAUUGUCAACAGUGAGCAGUGUGAUGUACGGACACGACCUCGGCAUCGCCAAGAAUGCUAUAAUCAACAUUGUACUGGGGUUUGGAGAGUUGGAGAUUGGUCAGAAUGUACUGCUCCAUGUGGAGGACAUGGCUACAGAACCAGACUUCUGCAGUGUGUUUGGAAUGGCACUAAGAAGGCUGCUGGAAAUGCAUGUCGAGAGUUGCCUAGGCCUGAGGUGGUCCGCUGGUGUGAUGGACAACCUUGUCCUGACCCUAAUCUGGAGAAAACCUCAGGGGCAAAAGACUGUCGUGACAGGAAUAAGUACUGUAAUAUAGUGAGGAGAGUAAAUAUGUGUCGUGUCCAGAAUUAUAGGGAACAGUGUUGUCGUUCCUGCCCUUAACACACCUUUUGGUAUAAUAUUAAGGUACCAGAAAGUGGUACUGAGGUUCCUAAAUAAAGACUUAACAACAACUAACAUCUGCAAUAGCAACUGCGAUCACAACUGUUUGUCAUUCUUCCUGUACUUUGUUUGUAUGAUGGCAUGAAUUUAACCAAGCCUUUAAUUUAUAUUAGCACAUAUUUUGGUAUCAAUAUUAGCAAUAAGUAGUGCAGUUAAUUUUCAGUAUUAUGAUAACAUGGAAACACAAUUGAAAAGAACUUUGAGUGAAAUAACUAAGACACUGAGCGCAACAUCUAGCCAGUAAGAGGCUUCAGUAGGUAGGUGUUUUCUUGCACCAGCAAGAAAAAUAGGUUAAUUUCUGUGCAUCCUAUUCAACUACACUUAAAACAAAUCCUUAGAAGCUGUGAAAUUUUUUGAGUAUGUGAAAGGAUGAGUGGCUUUUAUACAAAAUAUUCCUUAUAAUACUGUUGUCAGAAUGACUGCUCUAAAAACAGUGAACUCCAUUUUAAAAGAUUAUUUCAUGUCUGCUUCAUUAAAAAAGGAAGUGAAUCAUAAUCAUUGCCAAGUGCAAGAGGACCAGUGCUAGCAAGAGCUUAAGAUUAUGUCAUAGAAUAAGCUUAAAGAAGAAUGGAUUACAGCAGUGGUGAAUAUUCAGUUUAGGUGGAUGCAGAACAUUUUAAAAGAGGACUCAUAGUGCAGAAAGGGACUAAAGACAAAACAGUUGAAAUAAAUGAAGUUUGUAGACUGAUGCAGCUGUUUAUAAGAGCUUGAAAAUAGGUUUAGAAUAUGUACCCUAUACAUUAUAUGAAACUUUCAAAGACAGGGUGAGAUGUUUCUGCUUUAAAUUUGAAAUUAUUGAAUGUGUGAAGUAUUUAAAUAUUCAAAUUUGAUUCUGUUUUUAAAAGCACAAAUUUAAUAAAAAUCUAGUGUUGUUUCAUUGUGAACAUUCUUUUGGGUAAAGUAACAUUAUACAUGGUUCUGAAAAUUGUCUUGUCUCAUUGAACUGCAAUUUUAUCAAGUGAGAAAUUUGUCAAAGUUUUAAGAGUGAAGUCUCAAAAUCGAGGAAAAGGCCAUCCAACUGUUUUAUCAUGUUAGAGUAUUUUACAGUAGAAUGGAGAAACACCAACCCUGUGAUUUGCAAAUGAUCACUGUACCUUUUUAAAGUGUAAGAUAAUUUGCACAUUCAAACAAGUUAGUAAUAUGAGAAUACUAUGCGUUUUACUAUUUUGACAGAUUUUAAACAUGAAAUAUGAUUCUUGAAAAUAAUAAUUAUAAUACUUUUAUAAUUUUAAUGUUUAUGGAUCUCAUGUACAAAGACAGUUUUUUGAUUACUAGAAUAGAGUAUUGGAACAAAAACACUUAUGACCCUUUCAUCCUUCUUUAUAUAUACUAAACUAAUUAUUUUCCCAUAACCACUUAGAUUAAGACAAAAUUUUGUUAAAGUAUGAAUGCACAGUUAAAAUAAAGAGCCAGUGCUGUGUAGAGACCCAUUGGCUGUAGCUAGGACAAUGUAGAUUGAAACUCAUGUUAAUGGCUGAUGGAAAAAAUUUGUUUCACAUCAUUUGAUGGUGUUCAUAACACCUAUUACAGUAAACCGCACCAUAGCAAUGUAAGGCAAGCCUUUCUUUAUUGGCGCACAACUCCCUUCAUAGUGAUAUAGACUAGGCUGUCUGCAGGCAUGUUAUUUAAUUCAAUAGUUACAUGCUAUAAUUAAGUGUUGUAUGCAUCCCUGUGUUGUAGAGCAAUAAAAACCAUAUUUGAUAUGUACAGUAGAGUUUAUCCAUAAAAUGUAUCAAGUGAAUAUAAUAUACGAAACAUAUACAAUAUGCAUUGAAUGUGCUGUUAUAGUAUAUAUUGUUUUAUUCUUAAUUUUCUUGCAUGUAAACUUCUCUAGUAAUUUUACUUUGAUACAAGAGGCUUGAUCUUGACAUCAGUUUGUGUAGAUUUUGUAUACUUUUACUCAAACCUUAAUUUUUUUAUGCCAAGUUAACUCUUGGUGCUGGUGCAUUUAACACAAAUUGUUUGUAAGUAGUGUAAGUCAUUCUAGAUAGUAGAACAAGGUCAAGGUCAAGCUUCCGCUAUGGUUUCAGACUACCUCAGUUUAUAAUGUUAAUGUUAUUUGUUAUGAUAAAACUAAUGAAUCUUAAAAUUUUGAAGAUUUGGAAGAAUUUCUUGGAAAUUACGUACUGUAAAAUCUAGAAAAUGAACUAUGGCAUAAUAGUUUCAUAAAAAGAGUGUAUAACACAGGGUGGUUCAUUGUUUGACCUGUACUGUCAUUAUAUAGAUUCAACAGGUGUUUUUUUUGUGGUGAAUUUAUUCAUCUAAGUGAAGUUUCCGUAGCAGCACAUCCUGAGAAAGGUUUAGCUUUUCAGAAUAUUGAUUCUAAAAAAUAUCCCAUUAUGUUUUUUAAAGUUAAUGACAUUUUCAUAAUUGAUUAUUUUAUUGCAUUUGUGGUACAGUACAUAUAUAAUUUUCCCAUGACAUUUUCACUUUUGGUGCAUUUAUAACAUUCGUCACUUUGAUCCCAACAUCUAACUUUAUUGUUUGUAAUUGAACUAGUCAUAUUGAGUUUUGCCUAAAUCAACUUUAAUUUAACCCCUCCACUCUGGAUUCAGGCAAAAAAAUUUUCUUUGUAAGAAUUAGAUUAGACUGAAAAGGAAAAGAUAAACAUAUAGUACAGGAUUUUUGGUUCUUAUAGCCAUUACCCAAAGUGUACUGAAAAUGUCAAGUAUACUUUAAAUAUCAUUUUUGUAAUGUUGCUAGUGAUAAACUGUAACAGGCACAUUAGGAAGUGAAGAGUCAUCCAUGCCUUUGUUAAGAGUAAAUUUAUAAAGUUGAGGUAAAGAAAUUUUACCACGGAACUGAAAGGUUUUGGAUUUAAUAAAAAUAUAAGGAAUCACUAAACUGCAUAAUAAUACCCAAGAUGUAAAGAUACUUCAGACCCUUCUAAUUGAUAAUUAUGACUGUCACAUGUCAGUAUGAAAUUGAUUACUUUUCCCCCUCAAGAUUAAUAAAAAUCUGUGUUUGAAAUUAUGAGUGAUAAUGUAUGAAAGUUUGAGUAUGUGCUUUGUUUAGCACAUUUACUGAAGCAUGAACUGUAUCAAACUUUGAUGAAAUUUUUGGAAGUAUUUGUAGCAUAUCAUUAGUUGUACUAUUCAUGAUCUGCAGUUUCUAGAUAGAUGAAAUAGGUUUUAAUGUACUGUAACAUCCAAAACAUUUUGUGAAACCAAUUGCAACUAGUCCUUCACCACAUUUUCUGAUUAAAAAUUUUCAUCUUGCCUAAUAUUUCUAUUUAUUAAAAUCUCAUAUGUAUUGUAUCAUUAUCCUUCAUUCCUCUUCCGCUUUAGCCUUUACAAUCACUUAUUUAUUUUCUAUCCGUUGGAUUUCGCAUACCAUAACAUGACUGUAUAUAUUGCUGUAAGUGCAUUGUACAAAUAAAGCACUAGAUAAUAUUUCCAAA